CAGAGGCAGCGGAUCGACCGCAUCCAAAUCCCUGGACCUGGUCACCAUGAAGAAACUAGACAGCAAGGUGAACAUAAUCCCAGUGAUCGCCAAGGCUGACACCAUCAGUAAGAGCGAGCUGCACAAAUUCAAGAUCAAGAUCAUGAGCGAGCUGGUCAGCAACGGCGUGCAAAUUUAUCAGUUCCCCCUGGAUGAUGAGACUGUCGCCAAGGUCAACACUACGAUGAAUGGUCAUUUGCCAUUGUGGGAGCGGGGGCCAUUUGCUGUGGUAGGCAGCACCGAGGAAGUCUCUGUUGGCAAUAAGAUGGUGAAGGCUCGUCAGUAUCCCUGGGGUGUAGUUCAAGUGGAGAACGAGAGUCACUGUGACUUCGUAAAGCUGAGGGAGAUGUUGAUCUGUAGCUGA